AUGCGUACGAAUGCUCCUCUUUUCUCAAGGCAGUCCUACCGUGACCGUUAUAAACAUCAUCAUGCCAUUCUUCAUAGUCCAUCAUCACAAGAACAUGUUUCAAUAGUUAAUGAAAGGAUACAUGGAGUCAAAUUACGUCAUCGUCGUGCUCAAACAACACUUUCGUUUUAUGACAAUAAUUUGGAUGAAGAAAAUCAACAUAUUAUAUCAAAAUGGACUAUUGUUCGACGACGUUUACCUGAUAUUCUUGCUCUUAGUGAUACGUAUAAGCCGAAAAGUGUUCGAGCUCAACUUAUUUUGCUUGUUGCUUUAAUGAAUAAACAAGCAAAUGAACUUAUAAGUGAAUAUAAUAAUACAAUAUCUCAUAUUGUUCCAAGUAAUGUUAUUAUUGAUAUAAGUGGUCGUAGUCAAUUAAUUUGCUUAAAACGUAUACCAUCUCAACAAAUGAUUCAUGUUGAUGUUAAUGGUUUAUCAUUUUCAAUUCCAACACGACAAUUUAUAUUAGCUGUAAGUCGUGGUGAUUCGAAUGAAACAGCUGUUCGAUAUUGUCCAUUGGCUAUACGUGAUAUGUUAAUUGAUUUAUCAAAAACAAAAGCUAUUGAAGAACGUCAACAAUAUAGACGUGCACAAUUUAAAAUGUAUGUGGGUAAAAUUUUAUUUCUUCUCAUAUUUAUAUUUAUAAUUAUAAUGAUGUUAGCACUUAUACUUAGUGUAACUGAUGCAAUGUUUAAAUUAGAUUCAUUUAAUUAUACAUUACCACAUAUGCCAAUACAACGUUUAACAUUAAAACAAACAGAUGAAAUGUUUCCGAUAUGA